CAGUCAUCAGUGAAAGCUGACGGGAGAGACAAGGAAAUGCUGCUUUGUAUUUCUCUGCACAAACGACAAAUACAAAGCAGCAUGUCUCCCUAGUAAAACACACACAGCACACAAUGUAAAACAACAGUUAACCCUUUGAUGGCCCCACAUGUUAACCCCUUCCUGCCCAGUGUCAUUAUUACAGCGUAUUAUUAGCACUGAUCACUGUAUUAGUGUCACUGGGGAUGUCAGUGGCAGUCAAUCCCCCCCCCAGUGUCAGAAUGCCCGCCGCAGUCCCGCUAUA